AUGACAUUCGAUAGUCAUGAUUGGGAGAAUGAUAAGGACUGGAAGCAAUAUGUAGGAAGUCUGCACUUCCCAGGUGAUACAAAUAUGGAUCAGUUGGUAUUCAAGUUCAAACAGAAGUAUUAUAAGAAUAAGAUUGACCCUGAAUAUGUCAUUAGAGAAUACUCAAGUUCAUCGUCUAAACCACAAACAUCGUCUCCACCUCCUCAACAAUCAUCCAAUCAUACCCAUGCCAGACCAUCAUCCACAAGCUCAAGUUCAUCAACAUCACAAUCUAGAUCAUCUCCACCUCCACAACAACCACAACAACAACAACAACCAAGACAACAACCACAACAACAACAGAGGUCAAUGCCACCUCAAUUCACAAGGUUCCUUUAUAUUGCAUGGAUAUGCGCACAAGUGUCAGUGGUAGUGUUCCCAAUAAUGUUCCUAUUCACUGGUAACCCAUCGUUCUUCUACCGUGCAUUCCUGGGAUCCAUCAUCUCCUUUGCCAUCCCUCUCUAUCAAACGUUUGAAGGACGUGUCACAAUGGAAACACUCAAGACUGUCGCCAUGACCAAUGAGAAUGCUCACUUCCUCCUGUUUGGCAUCAUGAUGUACUUCAUUGGACCACCAUCAAUCAUGAUACUCUUCCCCAACGCAAUCUAUGCCGUCUAUCAUCUGUUGAAUGUUGGACUUCCUCAGGUCAGGGACAGAGUGCCAUUCCUUUACAACAAGCUACUUCUUUUGCAACAGAAUCGCCAGAGGGCGACUGAGAUUGCCAUUCAAUUGGAGGCGUGGAUCAUGCUCACUCUUCUAUUCAGCACCAUCAGAGGCGAAGCAUCACCAUUGUGCAUGAUCAUCUACUAUUCAUUCCUCAAGGCUAGAUACGCUACCAAUGCUCUCAGCAGGAUGUUCUGGUCACAGCUUGGCAUUGCUGUCGAGGAUCUCACGAGGAAACCCUGGAUGCCAUCCAUGCUUGGCGGUAUCAUCCUCAAGGUGAAGGCAUUCCUUUCGAGAUAA